UUAUUGCCUUUAAGUUUGUCCCUAAGGCUUUGCCGUACAUCGUUGUUCGACAGCUAAAGCUGGACCUCCGCACGCCACACUACAACACGGCUUCAGUUGAAAAAAACUAUUGAAAAAAGAAAGAUAAUCAACAUUUCUUCUCGAAUUACAGUUAAACGCGACCGAAUUACAGUUAAACGCACCUUAGCCUCGACGCAGGACACCCAUCAUUGUUUUAUUGGACUAUAACAUCAUUAUCUCAAGCUUCGGGGCCUAGUUUAGCUUACUUAGCUUACUUGGCCUAGCUUGCUAGCCGCUGCCUCGCAAAGCAGAGAUCAAGUGUGAACGUAAAGUGUUGUAAUUUUCCCUAAAAAUGUGCACAAGAGGAAGGGCGGAGAACGAUGAGCAACUUUGUGGAGCAAAAGAGGACAGCGGUGCUGUUUUUAACCAGUCUCGAUCUCGAUUUGGCUCACGCGGAGCAGACAUCAGCGAAGAUGUUUUUCCUGAGCGGCUGGAUGCAGAGCCUUCUCACUUGAAAGAGGAAGAGGAGCAGCAGGCCCAAAAUAUUAAAGAGGAGGAGCUAGAGCACCCUUGCACGAAAGCGGAGGUGGAUGAGCCCCCUGACAUCAAAGAAGAGGAGGAGGAUGAGGUUAUCUGCAAGGUGCCAUUUAAUGACGUCCUUCUGAAGAGUAUAAAUGAGGCAAACAAAGAGGCUCCAAGCAGCAGCUCAUUACAACACAUGACAACAAAAGGUGUUGGAAACCACCAGGAAGAAUCAAAAGCAGAUGGCCUCUUAGCUCCACUAUCAGACAGUGACAACACGUCGUCAAAUGCAGAUGAUGAUGAUGAGGAGGAGCAGGAUGUAGAUGAGUCAGAAGGUGAUCUGACCUGUAACACUGACAGCAAACCAUGGAAAUGUUCUCACUGUGGGAAAAUGUAUGCUUAUAAAAGUGCUUUGGAAUUACACAUCAGAACACACACUGGUGAGAAACCAUUCACCUGUUCAGACUGUGGCCGGAAAUUCUCUUGUAAGGGAACCUUAACAGGUCACACAAGAACCCACACUGGUGAGAAACCUUUUUCCUGCUUAGUUUGUGGCCAAAGAUUCUGCUGGAGGGAAAGCUUAAAAAAGCACCUAAGAACCCACACCGGUGAGAAACCUUUUGCCUGCUCAGAUUGUGGCCAAACAUUCUCUGAGAAGGGACACCUAGAAUGUCACACAAGAACCCACACUGGUGAGAAACCUUUUGCCUGCUUAGUUUGUGGCCAAAGAUUUUCUCAGAGGGGAACCUUAGUAAGUCACACAAGAACCCACAAUGGCUACAUGAUUUCAUGCACCAAGGCUGAUAUGUUCCUUCUUAUCGGGAUGCUGAACUUUUCUUUCCCUUGA